GAAAAAGGCGGUUGCACCGCAGCACUGCGGACCUUGUGCUCCACGUUACCGAAGUGGAGGCUCCAUUGAAGUGGAGAGAGAGCUAGAGGAGCAAAUAUUCUGAGCCUAGCCACUAAAUGGAAACCUGCAGUGCAUGCCCACAACGCUACUAGAUAAGUGAAAGCCAGCUAACCUAACCGCACUUCGCUUUGCUUAGUUAAUUAAUCUCUUGUUUUUAAUGUGAUAAUUGUAUAUGUUUUAGUACAGUACUUAGCUUCUUCCAUUCCUUCUUAUUGACACUUUGAUUAUUACCUGAUAACCUUGAUGCUGACAGUUAAUCAUGGAGAUUACCAUAUAUUACCUGAUAACCUUGAUGCUGACAGUUAAUCAUGGAGAUUACCAUAUACUUAUACCACACUAACUAUAAUAAAGCUUCUUUCUUUAUGUAACUAGCUAGCAAGUGGUCACUAAAGCAGCGUAGGGUGACACUUUCUUUCGGCCAUUAACCAAGAGUUAUGAAGGUGACACAAACCCAUUGAUCAUCUGCAUAUUCCCCCUCUCAAACAGUCUGGUUCUGUACUCAUGGAGCAGACCACUGCAGCAGAGCAAGUCAUUCUCACCGUGGAUGUCGACCACCAUGGCUAUCAGCACCAUGAUCCAGCUGCCUCGCCGAGACUUCCCAACAACGUCAAAACCUUCCACCGUCUCAACUUCUCCAAACCCAGAUCCCGCUUCUCCGAACCAAUCUCCACUGCUGCUAACAGCAACUACACUCCUCACCCUUGCUCCUCCGACAACGAAGAAUCCGACGAAGAUCUCGAUCUCCACGACGACAGCAUACGAAGAUGCUCAAGGAAGUUGAAGUUCAUGGAAUUCAAGGCUACCAAGAGAGCAUGGAUGGAGUUCAUCUUCUUCCUCACCCUCCUGACUGUCCUGAUACACUUCCUGACCCUGAACUCACUGAAGCACAAGACCCAAUUCGGGAUCGAGAUCUGGAAAUGGUGCCUGAUGGUGCUGGUCCUCUUCUCCGGGCGCUUAGUCUCCGGCUGGGUCGUCGGGUUCCUCGUCCUCCUCAUCGAGCGCAACUUCAUGCUCAAGGAGAAGGUCGUCUACUUCGUCUACGGUCUCCGGAGAAGCUUUCAGAACUGCGCCUGGCUGGCACUCGCCCUCCUCGCCUGGACCGUCAUCAUGUUCGAGGAUGCCAAGGACGAGAAAAACGCUGCCAUUUUGAAGAAGCUGUUUCACGGGCUGGUGGCCAUCCUCAUCGGCGCCACGCUCUGGCUGAUCAAGAUCCUUCUAGUCAAGGUCUUGGCUUCAUCGUUCCACGUGACGACGUACUUCGAUCGCAUGAAGGAGAGCGUGUUCCUCCACUACAUCCUCGACGCCCUCUCCGGUCCCCCCUUGGAGGCUGCCAGAGCAAGGGAAGAACUGCGGCCAGCAGCAGCGGCAGCAGAGCAGGUUACUGAGGUGGUGUGGAGGUGGAGGAGUUUGAGCAGCGGCGGUGGACCGAGGAGGAUUGACAUGGAGAGACUGAAGAAGCUGAGCAUGGAGAGGAGAGCCACUGCGUUGAGCGUGAAGAGGCUGGUCAACUACAUUAAGUCGUCGGGCCUUUCUACCAUUUCCACGGCGGUUGAUGGUUUCGGUAAGUCGUCGGAGAUUCACAGCGAGGUGGAUGCUAGAUGCUGUGGUCGACGCAUCUUCCACAACGUUGCCAAGCAAGCUGCAAAGUGUAUAGAAGAGGAAGAUCUAUUGAGGUUCUUAACAUCGGAAGAGGUACACACCAUAUUCCCACUCUUUGAAGGAGCUCUUGAAACCGGCAAGAUCACCAAAUCGUCGUUCAAGAACUGGCUUGUACAAGCGUACGUCGAAAGGAAGGCACUUGCCCAUUCCUUGAACGACACGAAAACCGCAGUCCACCAGCUGCACAAGCUGGCAAGUGCAAUAGCAAUGGUGAUCAUAGCAGUGAUGUCGCUUCUGGUGAUGGGUCUGGCCACGACCAAGGUUCUACUCGUCGUCACGUCUCAGCUCUUGCUUGUGGGGUUCAUGUUCCAGAACACCUGCAAGACCAUGUUUGAGUCCAUCAUCUUCGUCUUCGUCAUGCACCCUUUCGACGUCGGGGAUCGCUGCUUCAUUGAUGGUGUACAGAUGGUUGUGGAGGAGAUGAACAUUCUGACGACUGUGUUCCUGAGGUAUGAUAUGGAGAAGAUAUACUAUCCCAACUCGGUUCUCAUUUCCAAGCCCAUCAGCAACUUCAGGAGAAGCCCAGAUAUGGGCGAUGCUGUUGAUUUCUCUAUUGAUGUCUCCACUUCGAUUGAUGAUUUCAAUGCCCUGAAGAAAGCCAUACAAACAUACAUCGAGAGCAAGCCAAAGCACUGGAACCCAAAGCACUCGGUUGUGGUGAAGGAGAUUGAGAAUGUGGAUAAGAUGAAUCUAACUCUAGCAGUUCAACACACCAUGAACCAUCAAAACUAUGGUGAAAAGAACAGCAGGAGAUCAGAACUCGUCUUUGAGCUCAAAAUGAUUUUCGACAACCUCGGUAUAAAAUACCAUCUCCUUCCUCAACAGGUACAUCUCACACAAUUGACGAAUACAAGCAACAAUGGAAGGUUGUCGAUCUAGUGAUCUCUGCAACAUAGAAGCAAUUUUCUCCGCAGUGACCAAAGCGUGUAUGUACACGAACAUGUUGUUAUGCCAUGGUGUUUGUGUUUAGUUCCUGCCGAAUUAUUCACUUCUCGGGCAUAUUACUACCAGAUAAAACUCUUAUCUAUGCACUGUACAAAUCAUCUGCAGUAAAGUAUUAAUAAAACAAAAACAAAUUCUGGAUCUACUUCUCAGAGCAGCACAGAUUUACAAAGGUGGAUGGGCUUAUGCCCGGCUCAAGAGAUAGAUUCCAAACCUCUUAUCACAAAUCCCACUUCACUGUUCUUCUGGAGCAUGUAGGACAACCAAGAACACCAACAAGAUGAAACCUGUCUUAAAGCAACAUGUGCAAGAACUGCACUGCAAAGAACCAGAAAACAUUCAGAGCUCAAUACUGGAAAUGUAAACUUAAUCUACAGGAAUAUGGAGUAUCAUGCCUGCUGAUGAUGCUCAGAAUACCAAGUGGAGUAACCAGUAUAGCAGGUUCAAACACAUAAUCUGCGAUUUGUAGCCAUCUCCUCUACAAUCACUGUUGAAAAGAGCAGUCCGAUAUUAUUUCAGGGCACAUAAAAUCCAAAGCAGAAGACAGCUCAAGUUUCAGACUGAACUGUACAAUCACUGUGCUGUUCAGUUGCUUCAUAUACAAGCAGGAAUUGUACAAGCAGCAAAUCAGAUGGAAAAACUUAUCCAUUAACAAUCUUCCAGAGCCUUCCUCGGUUUCAAAGUUCCAUCCACUGGGAAUUUCAGAAGGACUUCUCGAAACUCCCAUUAGCUUGAGCAAAUCACAUGACAAGAUGACAUGCAUGCAUUCAUGGGAUCAAAACACAGAAAGGAUCACAUGACAAGGCUUAUCUCGGUCCUUAUGGUAAACCAUGGAUCUACUAGGGCACAGACUUAGUAAGAGAUCCCCAACCAGUAGCUCAAGUGGAAUCACGAACUCUCAAUCCACUACAUAAUCAUGAAAACCCGUCUUAAACCUAAUUAUGAAAACAAAUAAGGUGGAUCACAUGACAAGGCUUAUCUCGGUCCUUAUGGUAAACCAUGGAUCUGCUAGGGCACAGACUUAGUAAGAGAUCCCCAACCAGUAGCUCAAGUGGAAUCACGAACUCUAAAUCCACUACAUAAUCAUGAAAACCGGUCUUAAACCUAAUUAUGAAAACAAAUAAGGUAUGACACA